CGUUUGGUUUCUGGGUCAUAGCUGUGUUUACACAUUUGGCUGGAGCACGGGGCUAGCGAAAGAGUUUCACUUCCACCUGGAACGACACAAUUUCUGCAUGGCAGUGUUGUGAGCAAGCACAUAGCACAGGUCUCGAAGACGAGGUUCCUGAAUCUCGAGACAAGAGGACAUAUUUGACAGCUUGCGAGCGCUGGCAAGGGUCAAAUUUGUGUUCUCUAACUUAACGUACACACCUCAGGCAUGGCGGCGGCCGCGGCAACGGUAUUCGAGAAUGAUCCGACAGCGGGUGAAGAAGGCAGUGCCGAAGCAUUCUCCGGUGUUCAUAACCCGACCUGGAACGAAUCUCAACUUCGGAAAUAUAGUUUCCCGACUAGACCGAUACCCAGACUCUCUCACACGGAUCCUAGAGCUGAGAUACUAAUAAACAACGAGGAACCGGUGGUUUUAACAGACACCAAUCUAGUGUAUCCGGCUCUCAAGUGGGAUGUCCCAUACUUGAAGGAGAACAUUGGGAGUGGGGACUUCUCUGUCUACAUUGCAGAAAACCACAAGUUCCUCUACUAUGAUGAGAAGAAAAUGGUCAACUUUGAGAACUUUGUACCCAAGUCUCGACGAAUAGAAAUGAAAUUCUCUGAAUUUGUAGAGAAAAUGCAUAACAUGCAAGAAGAGGGAGGAGACGAGAGGGUGUACCUGCAGCAAACCCUGAAUGACACAGUGGGCAGGAACAUUGUGGUGGACUUCCUGGGUUUCAACUGGAACUGGAUCAACAAGCAGCAAAGCAAGAGGAACUGGGGCCAGCUCACCUCCAACCUGCUGCUCAUAGGCAUGGAGGGUAACGUAACUCCAGCCCAUUAUGAUGAACAACAGAACUUCUUUGCACAAAUCAAAGGGCACAAGAGGUGUAUCCUCUUCCCUCCGGACCAGUUUGAGUGUCUCUACCCAUUCCCUGUUCACCACCCCUGUGACCGUCAGAGCCAGGUUGAUUUUGAGAACCCUGACUUUGAGAGGUUUCCUAGAUUCAAGAAUGUAGUGGGCUAUGAGACUGUUGUGGGCCCCGGAGAUGUUCUUUACAUCCCCAUGUACUGGUGGCACCACAUUGAGUCCUUGCUGAGUGGUGGUGUGACUAUCACUGUCAACUUCUGGUACAAGGGUGCACCCACCCCCAAAAGGAUAGAGUAUCCUCUUAGAGCCCAUCAGAAGGUGGCCAUCAUGAGAAACAUAGAGAAGAUGCUUGGGGAGGCACUGGGAGACCCACGUGAGGUUGGCCCAUUACUGAAUAUGAUGAUCAAGGGCCGAUAUGACCCAGGAUGCAGCUAAAGGCAUUGCUGUGUGUGUGUGUGUGUGUGUGUGUGUGUGUGUGUGUGUGCGCGCGUUCGUGUACCCACUUACCGGAGUGUGUGUGCUCGAGUGCCUGCGUGUGUGCCUCUGUGCAUGUGCACGGUACAGAUGCCUGAUAGUGUGUGCGCGCAUUUGGACUAUCAUGUUAAAACUGGGGCACCUUGAGAGACUUUGCCAUGCGGCCACUCGGCUUUGAUUGUGUCUGAACCAUGGUCAUCACAACUUCAGCCACCACUGGAAGGUAACGGUGAAGCGAUUGGCAGUGGACACCCACACACUGUAUGCUAUGAGAGUGUGUACACAGUUGGACUUUUCAAACUACAUGAUGUGGUGUUUGUGUGGGAGUUACAAAAUAGACAGCAGUGUAGAAUUACCCACACACCCUCAAAUGUAGCACCUUUUAACCAGAUUAAGUGGAAGUUGACUCCAAGUAACCACACGAGGCACGGUCAGAUACUAGACAUUUCAUCAUCCCACUCAUAUGGAUUGGGUUGGGAUAAUCUGAUCGUAGGUCUGUGGUUGGGAGCAAUUUCUACCUUAGGCACUUGUGUUGGACGGUUGUUACAGAUGAGUCAUAACUAACCAGGAACUCCCUCCAUCUGAAUAUUAGGUAUAGGAAAUAGCUCCCUCAUAUAUAAUAUAUAUAUAUAUAUGCUCAAAACAUGUACAUUUCCUACAGUAAGCUUACUUAUUUUGUGACAGACUUUUAAAUCAACUAGCAGUCCAUGUACCUUCAAAGAGAAACUGUACGUUGACUUCUGUUGCUGUUUGAUAUUAUGGUUUUUGGGAGCUAUAAGUAAAAAGAAAAAUACUGUGUUUUAAAAACACUGAAGGAGCGCUUAAUUGUGUGAUUGCCUGCAGUUGAUUGAUUUUUGUUAAAUGAUUGCUGAAUGUUUAUGUUAUACAUAUUGUUUGAUGGUGUGUAUUUGUGUUCAUUCAGGCAUAUCUGAUUUUGUGAUUGUGCUUGUUUUUGUUGUUUUGUAAUUCUGUAAUGAUACAUCACAAGGUACACUUAAGUGAAGUUUGAGGAUGAGCUAAACAGUAUUUUGUUAUUUCAAUUGCAUCUGCAAAGUAAAAUAAGAAUAUAAACUUCCAUAUGGUGCGAUGACCGAAGACAUAAUGUAUCACCAGUUUUGCUAUUCAAAUGUAUCCCCAAAAUAGUUUUAUUUUACUCCUGUAACGGUUACAAUGUUAACCUUAAAUCCAUUUUUUUUUUGUUUAAGCUCUACAUUUUGUUUACACUGUAUCGCUUCUGUAUUUCCAACACUAUGGAUCUUACUAGUAUUGUCACGAUAAAUACAUGUUGACUUUGAUACUGAUACCAGGUUUAGUAUUGAAAUAAUCAAUACCAAAAUUAUACUCAAAAGCUGAAACAAUAAAUCAUACCUAUUAUGAUACAAUAAGUAAAAUAAUACCACAACACAUACAUGAUAAAUAGGUAACAUAAUUUUUUUUGCCCAUUAAUAUUAUUCAAUAUGUCCAUUUCGUUACAGAUGAUAAUUGAGUGGACAUUCAUAGUUAGUUCCAAAAUACAGUUGUUUUACAAAUGUCAUUAUCCCCCCCAAAAAAAGAAGCAUUAUUUCACGGGUAUCAUUGUUUUUGUUUUUUUAGUUACAAUAACAUGAACACUAUUUAGCAUAACAUUCAUGUCAGCAUUUAACAACUGGUGUUUUUCAGUUCCCAUUGUUUGAGGCUCAUGGCUAUAAAAACGCAAGGUGCCGUCAUUUCCGUCGUUAUCUAGCAACGCACUACGUUCACUGUGUAGCUUGCGAGACGUCAACCCGAACUCCACAGUAAAAAAAAAAAAAGA